GUUUUCUCGUUUCCACUGUUUUCGACUGAAUACGCGGAGUUGCUCGUGGCGGAAAUCGAGCGGUUCGAAACGAGUGGACUCCCGGUCCGGCGGCCGAACAGCAUGAACCGAUACGGCGUCGUCGUAAACGAAAUCGGUCUCGAGCGCAUGAUCGAUUCGUUACAGACGCGCGUUUUAUCCCCCAUAUCCGAGGCGCUGUUCCCGUCGCAAGGCGGCGGGUGCCUGGACGGUCACCACUCGUUCAUCGUGCGAUAUAAACAAGGCGAGGACCUGGGUCUGGACAUGCACACGGACGACUCGGACGUGACGUUUAACGUGUGCUUGGGGAAGGAAGGGUUCACCGCCGCGGGUCUGACGUUUUGCGGCGUGUUAGGCGGCGAAUCGCACCGCAAGCUGUCGCUGGUGUACAAGCACGUCGUCGGGCGGUGCGUCGUGCACUUGGGCGCGCACAGGCACGGCGCGGACGACAUCGGGAUGGGCGAACGCUUGAACCUCAUCGUGUGGAAUCACAGCAGUUUGUAUCGCUCGACG